AUGACUAUGAUGUUAUAUCCGAGCUAUGCAAAAUACCUGAUGCCCGAGAAAGAUGGGGUCAUGUUCGAAUAUCAUAAAAUCCUUCUACAGACGCCAAACGAGUCAGAUGAUAGUCAUGCUGAUGCAGAGCUGAUAGAUGAAGAAUUCAGUCCAGAGCAUCUCAUACCGGAUACAUUCUGUGUUCAUCGAUUCCAUGGUUCCACAAAUAUUCCGACUACCACAGCUGAGUAUAAGCUAUCGCACAAGCUUUCUGUUGAAAAAUCUCCGAACAAGGCUGAAAAACUGAGAUAUAAUGCAGAACAGCUGACUGGCUCAGUAUUAAUUCAGAAGCAUCAUGUCAUAACACUGACUACAAUCCAUUCAUUGGACACCUUUAUUGAGUGUACUCGAAAACUGCCUGGAGCGCUCUCAAUGAAUGCUAAAAUUGUAUGGAAGAUCUUUGAAGGUCAGCCACAAAAGAGAUUGAAAAUUCCUGCCAUUAUAGAUGAUUAUAGUCAUAAUAUGAAUGGGGUGGACCUAGCAAAUCAGUACCGCGCAGCAUAUACUACCCAUAGAAUCACCUAUCGAACCUGCGUCUCUAUUUUCUACUGGCUUUUUGAUUCCGCGGCAGUUAAUGCCUAUAGGCUUCAAUAUAUAUAUAAGAAGCAGCAGGGUGUUCCAAAAAAGGACCUGCCUUCUCAUAUAAACUUUCAUGAACGGCUUUACCAACAUCUCUUUGAAUUCACACCUAAGAUUCAUGACUAUCUUCCACCUCAACGAUUGAAUCCUGAUCUAAAUCAUCAACGGAUUGCUUUACCAAAGCAAUCAGUUUGUGCCUGGUGUCAGUAUAAACGAAAGCUAGGUCAGCAACAAAAUAAACAGACACCAAGGUCAUAUUCUGGCUGCUCAGCAUGUCAAAAUAUGCCCCUCUAUUUGAAAACUCAAUGUUGGGAUGAAUUCCAUGAGAUAAGCCAAUCGACGGUGCGAAUCCUUAAUUAG